ACUAAUCAUGCUAAGAACUUCAACUUUGAACAGCAAAAGAUCAGAUUAUGAGCUUCAUGUGCGUCAUUUUGCUCCCAACGUGUUAAAAAUCACAUAAAUAACUUUACUUUAAACAAAUUAAGUAAAAAUACAAACCAAUUGUUUGAGUAAUUUGUUUACAUUUUUCUUUAAAGCAAAAGAGCCACAAUGGAGCGAUGGAAGAUCCACACGUGGCACCGGAGCCUCUGCUUGUAGACCCCUGAUAUUUGGUCAAUGAGAAGCUGUUUAUUUAAGGGUCUAUUUGAUGCAAACCCCUCUAAUUUCAGUUAUUACUGACAUGUUAUAGGGUUGCUGCACACUGUAAUGGAGUGGAAAUUGUCCUGAUUUGUUCUUAAAACGAGUAAGUCAAGAAUGAUGUCUGAUUUUUUUUUAAUUGACUUUCAAAUUUAAGUGAAGCUUUUUCUGUUCAUUCCACAGGGGGUCGCUAGUGCCUUCCAAGUGGCGCCAACAUAAAAGCAACUGGACUUGUCCUGAUGUAACUUCUAAAGUCUCCCUUAAUGGACGCGGUGAUGUGCAGAAGUGUGCUUUGAUGGGAUUCCAGGACUCUCUCAACCCUGACUCAAAACAUGCAGGUUUCAAAGAAGGUUUCCUCUGUGCUGAGAAAGUUUUAAAUUGUUAAAAGAGUUAGAGAAAGAUGUGUAACCCUUCAUAUAUGUAGUGAGAUGUGAUGCUCCCUCUUCCCCGAGCAGCAGAAGACACCUCCCGGUGUGCGUAACUGGCAGUCAUUGUCACUGUUUUCUCCCCUUUUGCUCCUCUCGACGCGCAUUGGACGGACUGGUGGUGCGUAAGCCUCUGACUCCGCUCACUGCGCUCUCCCUACAUAAACAUUGAAAGAUGAAGGUUGAAAGGGGGACUUUCGCUGAAUGGAUCACGUACCUGAUGCCAAAGUCUCAUUAGAGAGAACAGGCGCGCGCUCGGUCCUGCGCGCUGCUGCUGGAGUUGCGCACCGGACUUCCAGAAACCAGAAAGUAAAGCUCCACCACUGUGGAUAUUUCUUCUUCCUUGUGGCGCGAUUUGAACUUUUCUACCUUUGCACAUGUGGACAUGCAUGAUAUCAGAGGAGGACGGCAUCCGUGCGUUCCUAAGUGUCGGACUUUACGCGCGUCGCUGCAUCCAAGUUCAGGAAUCUGGUGAUUCUGGAGACAGAAGCAGCUGGAAGCGGGAUUGAGUAUAUUUUCCUUUCAGCUGUGCUGCUUCCCCUUUCUCUUUUACUGGUGGGGAUUUUCUUCAAGAAGAAUUUUUGAAGGCAUCUUAGUUUAAAAAUGCUGGGCGAACUUGUGCAAAGCUCCUCGAAAUUCCCGUCUAUUCUUCCACGUUCCUCACCAAACCAGGUCUCGACAGAGAUUUUUUGUCAAACUUGGACAGUGUGAUCCAAACCCGAGGCGUGCCAUCACUCUGAGAAUACAUGAAAAGUCGUUUUUUUCCUGGGGUUUCUCCUCCAACUUAAAAUCCUCCUUUUGCGCGCACAUUUUUGCAGGGAUACUUGGUUUUCCAAUGAAUCCAGCAAACAUGUUGCAUGUGCUCCAGAUGCUGGCGUUACUUUGGGCAGUAGCCGACUGUCGAGUUCUGGGCGGUUUGCAGAGAUAUUCCUCCAUUCCCACCUACCUGCCUGUCAACUACCAGCUGUUCAAUGCUGACUUGGCCUUUUUCCUGAAAGAAGCCAAUCAAGACUUCAUGAGGAACUCUAGCCUGACGUCACGGACUGAACCUUUCUUCAUCUACCAAGCCCGAAGUUUGCCCUCGGUGAACGCCAGCUACGGGCCCCUCUCUGUGGAGCAGCCUGUCCCGGUGGAGCUAUUACAGAGCCCAGGAACAUUUCCUGCCUCUUCAGUAUUUACCUUCAACUGGAAGGUGCAGACGUAUAUCAUGAACACCAGGAUUCAUUUAGUCAAACCUAAAGUUCAGGUGCUGUUUUAUGUAGGGGGCAGGGACUGGGAUGACUACAGCGCCACAGACAAGCUGCCCUGCGUGCACAUGUUUGCUUUCCAUGAAACCCAGGAGGUGCGCGGCACUUGCCAGCUAAAAGGGUUGCUGGGGCUGUGUGUGGCGGAGUUGGAGCCACUGGCCAGCUGGUUCAGCCCACCCAGCGUGGUGCCAGGACGUCAGAGGAACUUGGAAGUGUCCGAAGGCACUUCAGUGGAGCUCUACUACAUGCUGCAGUCUGUCGAGGCCGGAGAGUGCCACUCCGAGGAGUCCAGAAGGGACGGCUUCAUCCGCUCAAGUCAAGAGGGGCUAUUUGGGUCCUACACCUCCACGCCACUGAGAAGGAUCGGUGGGGUGAAGCUCUAUCAGAACCCGCCGGAGCCCCCUCUUGCUGAACACAGGUUGGAUGAUAACUUCAUGGUCAUGGUGCCCUCCGUACCCAUGAGACUGAGGGAAACUGUGUCCGCCUUUAUCACCAUGUCAGCCUACUCCACUGCGGAAAUGUUUACUCUCAGAGUGAAGUUGAAAGAAGGAGUGACGUUUCUUGGAGCUCGUCCCAGCAACCCCACCCAGUGGAUAGUUAGCCAGGAUGUGAGGAGUGAAGGACAUCGAGUGGUGACGCUCCACUGCCACAGGAAGGAGUCCACUUAUGAGCGACAAAGGUCAGACAUGGCAGUUCAGCGGGUGCUCCAGGUGGAUCUCAAGCUGGAAAGUUUCCCGGAGCCGACAGGCAGCCGCUGGAUGGCCUGGCAGGUGGAAUACCCCGCCAGCCGCGUUGCCUCACAAGAGGCCGAGACGGAAAUCCGCCUGGCACAAGAAGAGCUGGCGGGCAUCGUGCCGCUGGCCAUGGACAAUGAGAUUUUGAACACGGCCGUCCUGACGGGGAAGACUGUUGCCGUCCCGGUUAUGGUGGUGACCGUCGGAACAGACUCCUCUGUAACUGAUGUCUCUGAAUCGGUGACGUGUCGCUCAACAGACGAGGACGUGGUGAAGGUGUCUGACAGGUGCGACUACAUUUUUGUGAAUGGCAAGGAGAUGAAGGGCAAGGUGAAGAUGAUGGUGAAUUUCACUUACGGAUACCUAAGUGCUCAGCUGGAGCUCAGCGUGUGGAUCCCUCGACUCCCCCUUCAGAUCGAGGUGUCAGACACGGAGCUGAGCCAGAUCAAAGGAUGGAGGGUUCCCAUCAUAACCACCGACCAGAGGUCAACACGGGACAGCGAGGAUGAAGAUGAUGAAGACAGACGAGGCCGAAGCUGUACUCUUCAGUACCAACACGCCAUUGUGAAAGUCCUAACUCAUUUCGUUGCUGAAUCUGCUGAUUCUCAAGGACAAACCAGCUUCAUGCUGGGCUCCGACUGGCAGGUGGAUAUCACAGAGAUGGUGUGGGACUUCCUGAAAGUAGUGAACCCUCAAAUCGCAAAAUUACUGGACAGAAGGAUUCUGGUAGGGGUGGACAUUGGAGUGACGGUUAUUCAGGUUUUAUCUCCACUGUCGGACUCAAUCCUGGCGGAGAAAGCUAUAACUGUGGUGGAUGACAAGGUGACCAUCACAGAGCUGGGGGUCCAACUGGUUUCAGGCCUCUCCAUGAGCCUCCAGUUGAGUCCAGGAAGCAACAAAGCCAUCCUGGCCACCACCACCACACAGGAAGUGCUACAAAGCCCUAAACAGGAGGCCUUGAUCAGCGGCUGGCUUCAGUUCAGCGACGGUUCUGUGGCUCCUCUAGACCUUUACAGUCCAGACUCCUUCAUCCUGACGGCCACCUCCUUAGAUGAAGAAGUGGUCACAGUGCAGCAGGACCCCUCGUGGAAAUGGCCUGUCAUCGUCACAGAAGCAGAAGGUCAAGGCCUCCUUGUUCGAGUAGAAAUGACCGUUUGCGAAGUCUGUAAGAAGUUCAAGCGGCGCAGCAUACUAGCAGCUGGCAACUGUAACGUCAGGGUGAAGUUCGGGCAUAAUGACAGCUCAAAGGGAGGUGACUAUGGUCUGGAUGUAGAUGAUACCGAGAACAGAGGCAGAUUCUCCUCCUCCCAGGACAGGACUGGGCUUGAAAACCCUUACUAUGGCAGUUCCAUAUCUGAGCUAGAGGACGGGGUUCUGCGGAGAGCUACCACAACAAGAAGUGCAAUAAUACGACGACCGAAUGGGGGGAAACUCUCAGAUGAUAGCAAUCAAAAGAUACAGACCGACUUCGGGGACUUCCCAGCACAAAUAGAUCUGCCCCGAGGCCGCAAUAUGGACGAUGAGCUGCUUCAGUCGACUCGUGGACUGACAGACCUGGAGAUUGGCAUGUACGCCUUGCUUGGCGUCUUCUGCCUCGCCAUCCUGGUUUUCCUCAUCAACUGCAUUUCCUACACCCUCAAAUUCCGCCACAAAGAGCUCUCCAUUGAGGGCCAGGAGAACAUGAACCACGCCCAUGACUGGGUGUGGCUGGGGAACGAGUCAGAGCUGCUGGAGAGCCAGAUCAGCCUUUCCCCUCAAAGGGAGGAGCAGACCUCCAUCAUGGACUCGAGCAGCGGCCUUGAGGAGGGUAGCCACCUGCUGAACGGCGGCUCUAUCCAGAAAAACGUGCAGAGCCAGGUGCACCGGGCACCGGACGCAGGCUGCAUAGCAAAGGACAGCAAAGGAGAAUCCCCAACCACCAAGAGGAAGAGAGUCAAGUUCACCACUUUCACCACUAUCCCCUCAGACAAUAGCUAUUCCACUGUUAACACACUGACUGGAAGCCGCAGCCAGGACAUUAAGUGGGUGUGCCAGGACGUGCAGCUGGGAGACCCCAGUGAGUUGCGCAAUUACAUGGAAAGGUUAAACGACAGUGCUUUAAAGGAGGCAGCAUAACAGACUGUGCACUCGUUACAAACUCACCCUAAUGCCUUCCAAAGGAUACCGAGUCUUAACAGACCUAUGCGAAGUAGAUAAAGAAGGGAAUUUACCACAAAAUCACCAGAAAUUGCCAAAGGGUCAUAACAUUCAAGACUGUCAAGAUUUCACAAAAGACUCAUGAUAUCCCACCAUGUAUAAGAAUUCCAGAAAAUUAUUUUCCUGUUAGCUUAUCAGAGAUAUUUACCUUUUUUUUCUUUUUUUUUAAUCAUCCUUUUAUCGUUAACUGCGUUCAGAAUGAAGUGAUGGUCCCUGGAUGUGACAUAACCUGUGACACGGCCUCAAGUUGUGUGUGUAUGUGUACAUUGAAUGACUUUGGAACUUUUGUACAACUUUGGAUAUUCAUUUCUUAUGUGAGAUUCGUAUUCUGUUGAAGAGCUGUGAUUGGCUGAAGCAAGCAAACGAGUCAUAUCUGCAUGUUUAAAGGGAAAAAAAAUGAAGGCACAAGUUUCCAGGUCAUUCCCAUUCCUCUUAGCAAGGCAGAAAAUCUGUUAUGUAUAUAAUGAGCGGUCUCUAAAGCAUCGUAUUGUUGAUCUGUAUAUUGUAUUUUCAUAUCAUUUAUGGAAUACACAAGGAUGUCAAAAGUUUCUGUCAGCUUUUAUUGUCCACUGAAGCAGAGGCCAUACAUUUACAUCCUUAGCUUAUAUGAUAGAACUGUUCUAAUGAAUUUAUAUUUUCUAGUAGAAUACAGUAUGUUGAUAUGACCAACAGGGUGUAAGAGACCUUUUGAAGUAAAAGUCUAAAUCAUGUAAAAAUGUGAUAUAUUCCCCUAAAAUGUUUUCCCAUCCUUUAUUUUUUUCGUCUUUCUGAUCCAGACAAAAGGUGAAACAAUGGGCAAACCUCAUCAAAGUCAUAGAUCUCUUGGUCAUGUUUUUUUACAGGCAUGCUGCUGACAGUAGGUCGUGAACACUGCUUAGGGUCUAUUCACACUGGUAAAAUCAUUUGUUCUGGUUAAAGUUCACUUAAUUUGUUUCAGAUUAAGUCCAGAAGAUUGCAUUUGGUCUGUAUUCAGACUAUAUCGGAGAUUUUUGUUCUGGACAAAAGCUUGUAAACAAAACCACGUGACUAAAGAUCUCUUUACUCAUUGGCCAGCAAUAACGAGGGCAUAUCAAAACAAAAAGAGAAAAAAGGAUGUGCUGCAAUUACAUCUCAGUAUAAUUUACUUAUUCAAACUUUUUAUUUUGGUGGUCAGUUUUGAGCGUCUGUAUGAAGGCCAGGUUCAACAGUUUUUACUGAUACUUUGGUACGGCCGAAGUAUGCUGCAAGGCGGUUACUGAGGAUGCUACGGCUACGGCUACACUAUAAGUGCUUGUGACAUAUAAAUUGUCAGUGUGAGAAGCAAUGUCCAUCAUGAAAAAGUUUUUUUUAUGAGCCUGCUUUCAUAUGACCACAUAUCAAUGAGUUGCUCUUGCAUCACUUCUCUGUUAGUCUACUAAUGACCAGCUACGCUGACUGUUUUAGUUCAUUUAUUGGAAGGGAUCAAACUCAGACUGAGAAAUCUCAGAGCAAACUGAAGUUCAGAUAAAAGUUCCAUUUUAGAAGGAUACUGAUGUGUUCCCAGGCCACCAAGAAGUUAAUAUCCUCACUUACCUGAAUCUGCCACAUCCGUGCUGUAGAUGUCCAAACCACCUCAGCUGUGUCUUCUUGAUGAAGAAAUAAUGGCUCCACUUCAAGAUUCUCCUGCACGACUCGGCUCUUCAUCUUCAAGGGUCACCCAGCCGGCAUAAAAAGGAAUCUCAAAGCCAAAAUGUAAAACUUUUGUUUUAUUUAAAACCUUUUAAACUCACCAGUUACAGUAGAAGCCAGUUUCUAUCUCUUCCUGUGCAUACAACACUAAAGAUAUCAUUUAAAUCAGAGUGGGCAAUGUUUUCUUUUUGUCAGCAGAUAAUUCAGGUAGUUGAACAAAAGAUUAUCAUCUCUAAAAACUUUCUAAACAGAAGCACUCGUCUGAGAAAUUGCCUUUUGCUCAGUGAACGGUAUUACACUCACAGUGGGGUGGGUUGAUUGUGCAUGAGGUUUUUUUUUGUAAGAAGUGUGUAAGGAUGAAAGUGAGUCUGCGCAUGUGUUUUUUUUGUCCUCAUCAAGCAGGAAAACGAUCACAGUAGAUGAUGCCACACAGUGGUUUGUCAAAUCUCAAAACUUGCAAUAUUACCUGGAAAAAUGGAGAUGAAAUGCAGCAGGAAACUCUGAUAACUGCGGCUGUUACUUACAGGCAAAGCAGGGUCACGUUUGGUUUGCUUUGGUUGGCCUUCUAAAAUUCUGCUCGUUAACCAUUAGAUCCGAAAAGAUUUACACAAACAAAAUAGUGGCCACAGUAUAGACUUUAUAUAAUUCUAGCAGGCACACUUUCAAAGACUCCCUCUCCUUUUUCCUGGAUUUAAUGUUUUCUUCUAUAAUCUCGUCUUUCAUGUGGGGUUUUUUUUUCCUGCUUUUGUUGGUGGUGUAGAAUAACAAAGGAAACAUCUGGUUUUGAUCUGACACCAAGUAAAUGCAUGGCCAAUAUCCACAGAAAAAUCAUUUUCAUGAACAAAAGCCUCCAUUUGCAUAGGUAAAGUGCUAUCAUUCAUUGAUUUACAAAGAUGUUAUUUUCUUUAUGAAAAUCAGGCUUGCACAGAUAGAUACUAAAAAGUGCAGUACUAGAAAAAAA